AUGGCCUCCGCCGCUGUAUCAACACCCCUCAAGUCCCAUGCUGGACUCUUCUCCUCCCGGACCGCUGGCGGCCGCAUGCCCCUGACGCCCUCCCCCCGUCAGCGCACCGCCGCCGCCCCGUCCAACUACGACUCCUCCCCCUUCACACCAGAACGCCAGCCGGCCAACAACGGCGCCGAGCGCAUCUGCACAAAAUCCGUCUAUGGCGGCAACCUGUCCUCGCACUUUGCCCGUGCCUCCAAGUCGUCGGCUGCACACCGCGACUCGCCCAAGUCCAACAUUGCCCGCAGCGUUCCAACGCCGCGCAAAGCCCUCGAGCUCGGCGUCUCCGACUUUGCGCUGACCGGCACUGGCCAGCAGGCCAAGACCCCCUCGAGCGUCCGCAGCAAGAAGACAACUGUGCGGCAGAAGACCACCAAGACCACGCUCACCUACGGCGCCGCCGACCGCUUCAUCCCCAACCGUGCCGCCAGCUCUGCCAUCGCCAACGUUGGCUCUGGCAAGCUUGACUUUGCCGACCGCACGCGCCCGUCCAGCCGCACGGGCAGCGAGGCGUCCACCGUCCUGUCCUCGGCCACCGACGAUGCUCUGGCUGCCCUGGAGGCGCUGAACAUUGACGACCGCGACGACGACGACUCGGCCAGCUACUCGCGGCCGUCUCCCGGUUCGAUUGCCUACCAGGACUCCCUGGCCAGCGCCUGCGGCGUCAACAUCAACACGCGCAUUCUGCAGUUCAAGCCCGCGCCGCCUGAGUCGUCCAAGCCCAUCGACCUGCGCCAGCAGUACAACCGUCCCCUGAAGCCGGCCGGUGCCAGCGCGGCCCAGUUCCGCCGUCGCAUCGCCACCGCCCCGGAGCGUGUCCUUGAUGCCCCCGGCCUGGUCGACGACUACUACCUGAACCUGCUCGACUGGAGCUCUGGCAACCAGGUGGCCAUUGGUCUGGAGCGCAACGUCUACGUCUGGUCGGCCGACGAGGGCUCGGUCAGCUGCCUGCUCGAGACCAGCCCGGACACGUACGUUAGCAGCGUGAAGUGGUCGGGCGACGGUGCCUACGUCGGUGUCGGCCUCGGCUCAGGCGAGGUCCAGAUCUGGGAUGUCGCCGAGGGCACCAAGGUCCGCAGCAUGUUCGGACACGACACGCGCGUUGGUGUCAUGGGCUGGAACAAGCACCUUCUCUCGACCGGCGCUCGCAGCGGUCUGGUCUACAACCACGACGUCCGCAUCGCUGAGCACAAGGUGGCCGAGCUCGUCUCGCACACGUCCGAGGUCUGCGGCCUGGAGUGGCGCUCGGACGGCGCCCAGCUCGCAACGGGCGGCAACGACAACCUCGUGUCCAUCUGGGAUGCCCGGUCGCUGGCUGUUCCCAAGUUCACCAAGACCAACCACAAGGCUGCCGUCAAGGCUCUGGCCUGGUGCCCCUGGAACAUGAACCUGCUCGCCACGGGCGGCGGUUCGUACGACCGCCACAUCCACUUCUGGAACACCACGUCGGGCGCACGCGUCAACAGCAUCGACACCGGCUCGCAGGUCACCAGCCUCCGCUGGAGCACCAGCUACCGCGAGAUUGUCAGCACCAGCGGCUUCCCCGACAACUCGCUGAGCAUCUGGAGCUACCCCACGCUGGUCCGCAACGUCGAGAUCCCGGCCCACGAGAGCCGUGUCCUGCACAGCUGCCUGAGCCCGGACGGUCAAAUGCUUGCCACUGCUGCCGCCGACGAGUCGCUCAAGUUCUGGAAGAUCUUUGAGAAGAAGGCCGGCGCCAGCGCCAGCUCGGGCAGCUCGGGCUCCUCCGGCAAGGCCGACAUGGUCAAGCAGAUGACGAUCCGCUAA